AUGGUCUCAAUCCUUCACGCUUCGGUGGUCUCCUUACUCUUCUCUUCGGCUCUGUCUUUCACCCCAUGUCCACUCCUCGGCCCUGCAUUUCCUCCCUUCUCUCUCGAUACAAAUGAUAAAACCAUUGCGGGCACCCUGAAAAAGCUCACGCAGGAGUUUGACACCCUUGUCUCAACAAAAACGGGUGCUCAUGGCGAUAUCUCCCCAAACACCACCUUUAGCAUCGCCUUGUUCUCGUCCGACGCCGGGAAUGCCGAAGACGAGCCCUUCUUCUGGCAAUAUCACCACACAGCCCCUACAUUGAACCAGUCGGCCGUGGGAUCUCACUCCGCGGACAAAGACAGCAUUUAUCGUAUUGGUGGUCUCACUGAGGUUUUUACCGUGUGGAGCCUUCUUCUCACGGGAGACGGAGACCAGAUAUUUGAUGAUCCUGUUACCAAGUACUUCCAUGAACUGGUUGAUGAUACUAGAGAGCAAGAUACGAUUGAACAUGUGAGGUGGAACGAUGUUACUGUUGGCCAACUUGCGAGCCAUAUGUCUGGAGUUGCAAGGGACUAUUGCUCGAAGGAUGUGACUUUGCAAACAAGCUCUGCUGAGGCGGGACUACCUCCACGUCAAGCUAAACAACUGCCUUGCUGUGGUGAUGGUUCCAAGUGUGAUAGAAGUGACUUCAUUCGACACCUCGCCAAAAAAGCUCGCGUGGCUCCAGCUGGGGGAACCCCCAGCUAUUCCAACAUGGCAUUCCAGCUUCUAGGCUAUUUAGUUGAAAAGCGCACAGGAAAACCAUUCAGCAAAGUUCUUCAACACGACAUCUUUGACGUUCUAGGCAUGACUGAAACCUCAAUCUUUGCGCCAGGAAAAGCCACCGCAGGAAUUAUCCCCGUGAGUCAAAAGGCCAGUGGUUGGUUAGCACGCCAUGAAGGAGACAAAGCAUCGAAAUCUAUUUUCUCCAGUAUCAAAGAUCUUGCAACAGCCGGCCAAGCAAUCCUCAACUCAACCCUCCUCGACAAACCCCAAACACAUCGCUGGUUCAAGCCAGUCUCCCACACCUCCAACCCGGCCAACUCCAUCGGAUCCCCAUGGGUGAUAUAUAGCGCCGGCUCAUACCCCAACACAUCCAUGGUCGACAUUUACACAGUUCUCAGCAACGAAGGCAAUGACGAGAGCCUCUACAGCUCAUACCUCGGCUUAGUUCCGGACUUCGGUGUCGGGUUUGCCAUCCUCUCGGCCGACACCGAGGCCCCGGCAGACCUCAACGCGCACGCGGACAUUAUUGGUGAUGUCGUUCUAGGAGCAUUGAUGAAAACAGCUAUCAAACAGGCAGCCGAGAAUUUUGGUGGCGCAUACAAGGCAUCCAAGAUCAAUUCGUCCAUUACCGUUGAAUAUGACAGCUUGCCUGGUCUGUAUAUCGAGGAGUUUGUCAGUAACGGCACCGACUUUCGUGCAACACUGGCUACGAUCAUGGGUAUCGCAAAACCGGCGGAUCUGAGUAUUCGAUUGUACCCUACACAACUGGUUCAAGAAUCUGGCUCUGGCUCUCAGCAGGCUUUUAGAGCGGUUUUUCAAGAUAUGACUGAGCUGGCGGAUAAUGGAACGCCGACUUGUGUGUCCUGGCUAGAUCUUGAUCGACUCCAAUAUGGAGGUCGUGGUUUGGACGAAUUCAUCUUCUCUCUGGAUCAGAGUGGUCAGACUGUCAGUGUUGAGAUUCCAGCUUUGUGGGUUUCGCUGGAAAAGAACUAA